AUGCAGAUCUUGGACAAGUUCCCGAUCGAGGGAGGGCAGAAAGACCCCAAGAAGAGGAUCAUCCCAUUCCUCCCAGGCAAAAUCUUGUUUCGCAGAAGUCAUGUCCGGGAUGUGGCCAUGAAGAGACUCCGCUUCAUUGAUGACUAUUGCAGGGCGCUGGUCAGACUUCCUCCUCAGAUUUCCCAGAGUGAAGAGGUGCUGCGCUUUUUCGAGACCAAAGCCGAGGACGUCAACCCCCCUGUCGAGUGA